AUGAUGAUGAUGAUGCGUCGUGUGAUGUGUGUGUUGGCCGUUGUGCUGUGCUGCGCCUGCGGGUAUACCAUGACGGCUGCUGCUCAUACUACUACUGUUAAUGCUGGACAGCCAAAGGAGAAGUUUCAUGAUGUUGUUGGCUGGGGUGGUAUUCCUUAUGCUACAAAAGAUGAGAAGAAAAAAAUGUUGCAAAAGUUGUGUGAGACGAACAAAUCAGCUGUGUUUGAUAACUUUACUUGUAAGGAUCUGGAAAAGCCACCAUUGGCCUCGACACCUGCACUAAGUGCCCAAGAUCGUCCAUCCCCCGGACCCGAAGAUGGGAAUCAGGGUAACGAUUCGCACGAGGCGGAGGCGACGAACGGUAAUCAUGGUGAGGCUGCAUCACAUGCGGCACAUUCCUCUGCAGGUGGGACUACAACAGAAAGCCAAACUCAAGAGUCUACUGCCGCAACGGAAUCAGAAGAAACCACUUCCACUACUCUGCCGAGCACCGCAAACACUGUCAGUGACGCACCAACCACCACUCCAUCUACUGUACCCAACGCAGAGAUCACCUCUAUUGCCUCUAAUAUGCAGAACAAGGCUAAUGUUGACAGCAGUGUCAGUCCUGUGUGGAUGCGCACUGCAGCACCGCUGCUGAUUAUGGUUGUGUUGUUCUCCGUUACUGUGUACUGA